AUCAGCUAAGAAAGGGUAGAAAUAAGAUGCCUAAUAAUUGGGCGCUGGAAACAGGUAAAGCUAUCCGACCAAAAAGAGACACUCUCGAGACGAAAGCAGAAAGUGUAACACUUUUACAUCUGUCCCAAAUAUCAGAUACAUCAGGAUCCAUUUUUUUGUUUGUCUUGUCUAUGGACUAGACUUUAGUCUUAUUUGUUUGUUAACAUUUUUUGAUACAAGACAUUUUAUAAUUAGUGAUAACAUGUUCCCAACAUCCGCAGUGUAAAUAACACCUUUUUAUUGUAAUUUUUUAAAAAUAAAAAAAAUGACUUGAUGGCACCACACUAUUAUCAUAUAUCCAAAUAUUGCAUAUAUAUGAUCAAUGAAGGAUAAAUAUAGCAUAAAUAAGCCUGUAGAUGUUAAGGAAAAACUGCGUUUACAUUACAUAACAGCAGCAAUUACAAGUCUCUACUUAAAGAUACUGCAAUUUUUUAAAACACACUUCCCUUAAGACUUAGGAGAAAAAACAACUAUACACUUUCAUAAAAUUACUGGAGUGUGGUGUGUGCCUAUCUUCUCUUCAAUAGAUGUAAUGACUGACCCAUCAGCAGAUCAGCAAGAUUUAAGAUGCAGCCUAUUGUUGUCUGACAAAUUCAACCAAUGUCUUCUAAAUGUGUGGAAAUAUAUUGCAAAAUUUAUUUACAGAGCCAGAAAUAUAUUGAUUGUACACAAGUAUCAUGCGCAUCAGGGUUAUCAGCCAUGUUGUGAGGCAGGGCGCUUGCUUUGAAAGUGUUUAUGCCGAUGGGGUUGACUCGUCAUGCUCAGGCUGCAUGAUGACGAGAGCUGGUCCUGUGGCGUCAUGAUGAGGUCAUAAAGUGGGCGGUGACAGAGAGAGAGGGACAGACAGAGAGAUAGAGAGCGCGCACACACACACACACACACACACACACACAGAUGUAAUGCAGUCCUCCACACUGUGUAUAAGGGUGAUAAUAAACACAGAUCAACACGCUGCACGCUGAUGUUUCCGGCUGCUCGUCCUCCACCACAGGACUCGAACCACCGCUGCGGGCUUGUCAGCGGCUCUGAUGCGGCCGGGCAGCAUCCUCUCUGUGGCCACUGAGUGAGGCGGGCCGCCGGCCGACAGGGAGGGGUCCUCCUUUGAUAUCAGGGCUGCCUCCUCCUGGAUGGAGUCCGGCUGUGUGCGGGCAGCGAUGGCCAUGGGAGACGUCUCGAAAAAAGCGUCGGCUCGGAACGUGGCGGUGGAGCGAAAGAACCUGAUCACCGUCUGCAGGUUUUCUGUAAAAACUCUGUUGGAGAAAUACACAGCCGAGCCCAUAGAUGACUCAUCUGAGGAGUUCAUCAAUUUCGCAGCCAUCCUUGAACACAUCCUCAGCCACCGUUUCAAAGGCUCCGGCAGCUGGUUCGAUGGUCAGAGGAGUUACUGGGACUACAUCCGCCUGGCCUGCGCCAAAGUCCCCAACAGCUGCAUCAGCAGCAUCGAGAGCAUGGAAAACAUCAGCACCUCACGAGCCAAGGGGCGAGCCUGGAUCAGAGUCGCUCUGAUGGAGAAGAGGCUGUCUGAAUACAUCGCCACCGCUCUGAGGGACAGCAGAACGACCAGGAGGUUCUAUGCAGAAGGCGCCAUCGUCUUAAGAGAAGAAGCCACAGUCCUAACAGGGAUGCUUAUAGGUCUUGGAGCCAUAGACUUCAGUUUCUGUCUGAAAGGGGAGGGGCUGGAUGGGAAAUCUUCUGCCGUGAUUGACUACACACCAUACUUGAAAUUCACACAAAGCUAUGAUUACCUGAGUGACGAUGACGAUCGGCAGAGUGUGGACAGCAGCACAAGUGAUGACAGCGUCCCUGAACACCCCUACAUCCCCCUGGUCACCGACGAGGAGAGCUGGAGCACAAAGUGUCGCAAGAUGGAGCAGAGAUUCAAGAUCGUCAACGCUCAGAAGGGUUACCUGGAGGAGCUUGUGCGCCUGCGCGAGUCCCAGCUGAAGAACACAGAAACGGAGAACAAGAGGCUGAAGGCCCGGCUGGAGGAGCUACAGAGCCACAGCCUGCAGGAGAAGAAGGAGCUGGAGGCCGUCGUCCUGGAGCUUCAGGAGCAACUGACAACCUUGAUCCCGUGUGACUCCAACCACCUGGCCAAAAAUCUGUCAAUCCCUUUGGUCAACCAGUGGCCGACCCUCCAGCCAUACAACAACCAGGUUGACGUCAAGCUGUUCCGCAGGAGGAGUUUCCCCAGCACAGAGCUGCUGUCGGUGGAGAUCAGCCUGGACUCAGACUCCCAGAGGACAGAGGGCAAACAGAAUGGAGGAGCCUGGUGCACAGAGAAGGACUACACCCCCUCCAUGAUGGGCCUUUGUGGGUCUUUGGCCUCCCUCCCGAGCUGCAAGUCUCUGGCUAGCCUCAAGUCCAGUGAGUGCCUGGUCAAUAUCAGCACAGAGAACAGUCCUGCCCUCUCUCCCAGCUAGGGGGCGCCAAAGAAAACACUGCCGACCACUUAACAGACACUGAGACAAUUCAACAUGAUUACAAAAAGACUACUUUUGGUAGGCAGGCGAACGCUCUCGUACGUGACUCCCUUUACCUUACGCUCUGAGCCCAGCACUCUCUCAACUUACACCUUUUAAGAGAAAGAGUAGCCUCCGUGUCUGGGACUUGUCCAACAAAGAUGCAGGAAUAGCUGCUGUACUGCCAGAUGACCUCUGUCAGUUUCACUGUCUUUUAUCGUCUUGACAUGAUUAAACCACCGGAAAUGCAAACAACUGGCUCAAGUUUGACCGCUCCGACGUCACAAUGCUUGAUUCUGUGCACUUACAGUCAUGUAUCUGUACCGGUUACAUUCAACAAAACUCACGGUAGGGUUGUUCUGUAUGUACGUGUCCAUUUGUCCAUGUCUUAUCAGUCCAUCAAUGUAUCUUAUUCUGCCUCUUGCGUAAUACCGGCAGUGCAGGAUGGAUGAGCUGUUAUAACAUUUUAGGGAACAGAAACACAUUUUCUGCCAUAUUAUAUUACACUAUUAAAAGAGAGAUAAAAAAGAGGCUUAUGAUGUGCUGUGUUAAAGUGGCCAGACUGUUUUAUGAUGAAGAUUAUUUCAAAAUUUAGAGAUGCAACUUCAUGACCUUAGGAUGGAUGAUGAAUGACAGUUUGGGCCUUAUUCAAUCAUACAGUAGGUUAGAUACAGAAGUUAGGUUGUGACAUACAAGAACUGUCAGGCUAACAAGGUUUGCAGAGCCAUUACAAUGUAAACACACAAAAAACUAACAUGAUAUCUAUAUAUAAUGCAUACAAAUGCAAAAUGCAUUGUGACUAUGCAGAAUGAAUGUUUUCAUUGUCUUUUUCUACAAACCUGGCUUGAUACAGUAGUUUGAGCAGAAGAGAAAUAGUGAAUGUGCAGAGUGUGUAUGUGUGUCAUUUGAUUUUUCCGGCCCCUAAUUUGUUUUCCUAUGAUCUGUUCUUUUUUUAUAUCAUAAUUAAUUUCAUGACCUACUUACUUCUAUCAUUUACCAUCAUAUAAAUUGCAAUCUCAUGCAGUGUUGUUGGGAUAUGUUGUGAACUUUAAAAUUGCAAUAAAAACUGCCUUUUUUGAAACAGUAAA